AUGUCGUCCCUAUCCAUCUUCCGCGUGGCGACCCGUGCCGCUCGCUCUACCGGCUCCUUCAGAGCUCCCCAAUUGACCCGGUCCCGGAUGCAGUCUCCGGUGACUCUGGCCGCCGCUCGCGCCCACAACUUCGGUACUACCUCCAUGCUCCGCUCCGGCCACGAGGAUGAGACAUACGAAGAGUUCACUGCCAGAUUCGAGAAGGAAUUCGAUGGUGUGCAGGACGUUUUCGAGCUUCAGCGCAACCUGAACAACUGCUUCGCCUACGAUCUUGUUCCCUCCGUCGCAGUCCUCACCGCCGCCCUCAAGGCCGCCCGCCGUGUUAACGACUUCCCUACCGCUGUUCGCGUCUUCGAGGGCGUCAAGGCCAAGGUCGAGAACCCCGACCAGUACAAGCAAUACCUCGAGUCUCUCGAGGGUCUGCGCGUCGAGCUGGGCGUCGCUCUCCGGGAGGAGCUCUACCCCGAGGAGGCGUAA